AGAAUAGCAGGAAAAACCUCAAUAAUCCACUUAGUUUGUCAGCGCCACAAUAAUGAUACAUUUGGAAAUAUUUCUUAUCAUAUAUUUUUUUAUUAGUAUUACUGUAUCCCAGUGGUAUGGUGUAUUGCUUGGUUCCCAUUUUACUGCUAUCCAAUGCAAAGAACAGUAUGUGUCUAGUUUGUUUCAUUGUGCAGCACUUGGACGGGAAUCAAAAGAUGUGAGGUUUUUCAUAAACAUUGAAAACAAAUAUUGUCGAUGGAACUGUACUUACUUAUACACAAAGGAAACACAAAACAAAGAAUGGAAAAUUUACGGUAUUGAAGAGAAGAGAAAUGCAGCUUACAUGCGAACAUCCUCAGCAUCUUCCGUAUACGGUAAUAAUCCUUCACUUUGGGGCACCCGUUAUGCUACUGAUGGUUUACAUUCAUUUAGAAAAGGUACAGAAAUAUUUGCAAGUGAAUGGGAAAUCGCACCAUGGAUUACGAUAACACUGGACGGACCACUAGUGAUAUCAUUUGUCCGUGUUUACAAUCGAGAUGAUGGCGGUGGAGAUAGAUUUCAUGAUGUCGCCUUUGAGGUCUCCAUGGACGGAGUUUCUUUCGAACGACGAGGAUUUUUCAAAGGACCGGGACUGACUGGGCAGGUCGUGGAGAUUCUUUUUGACAAUCCAACAAUAGGGAAAUUCAUAAGACUUCGCAUAUCCCAAGGUUCCUGGAAUCUUCUUAAUUUGGCUGAGAUUGAAGUCUACACAACAUAAUGAUAUAUGAUGAUAUUUUUCAUGGAUAAUUUGUUAAAUUAUGUAACUUUACAACUGCGUGAUGUUGUUUUAUAAAGUUAAUGUUUCAAUAAACUGUUGAUGGAUUAAUGUAAAUGUUGUUCGUAUCAUACCAGUAAAUGCCAUUUUUAACAAUUACAUGUUCAUGUUAGUCGACCUUAUUGAAAGAAGCAAAACCUUAUUUGGUCACAAUUAGAUUUAUCAUUCACGUACCUUUUAGCAAGUGUAUGCAUAGUUGUAUCUUUUAAAAAUAGUUUUCUAUCAAUUAGGUAUUCAAAUCAUUGUUUUUGUCUUUUUAUUCGCUUUUCAUAACUAGAUGCCCGGUGUCCACUGUUUUGAUCGUUUUUGGGAGUUGAUUUUAAUCAACUCUCCUAUGCAGUUACUCAGUCAAACCGAAAGUGAAACAAUGUUUGGACCUCAGCACAAAUCAUUGCUUCUGACAAGACUUAGUUCUUGAAAAUAAUUGAUAAAUUCGAUGUAAUGUAUGCUAAAGCAUUGUUUUUCAAGGAAACUUAUUUAUAAAUACCUUGAAAAUAGUCAGAUUCUAAAUGGUACGAACAAUUUAAAAAAAUUUUGUAGUCGUAUGUAUUCCUA